AAACACUACUCUUUCCCCUCCCUCCCUUUUCAGCUCUUUAAACACCCAAGAACGGCCAGGCUCCGUUCCACCACCGUCAAGCUCCAAAUCUAGAGAGCGAAUCAGGAAGACCGCCGGAACUUUGCAAUCCGCCGCCGCAACCAAACCGCACCGGGAUAUCACCAUCUGCAUACGGAGAUAGUCAGAUUGAGAGAGCAGAAUCCGAAAAUGGCAGGGAGAUUGGAUCUGGACGGAAAUCCGAUAAAGCCGCUAACGAUAUGCAUGAUCGGCGCCGGAGGAUUCAUUGGCUCCCACCUCUGUGAGAAGCUCAUGGAGGAGACGCAGCAUAAGGUGCUCGCCGUUGACGUCUACAAUGACAAGAUCAAGCACCUUCUCGAGCCGGCCUCCAACCUCUGGGCAGACCGCAUCCAGUUCCACCGCCUCAACAUAAAGAACGACUCUCGCCUUGAAGGCCUUAUCAAGAUGGCAGAUCUGACCAUAAAUCUUGCUGCGAUCUGCACUCCGGCCGAUUAUAACACCCGCCCGCUUGACACAAUUUACAGCAACUUCAUUGAUGCUCUACCCGUGGUCAAAUACUGCUCAGAGAACAGCAAACGUCUUAUUCACUUUUCCACUUGUGAAGUAUAUGGGAAAACCAUAGGCUGCUUCUUACCCAAAGAUAGUCCAUUGAGACAGGAUCCUGCAUACUAUGUUCUGAAGGAAGAUGCCAGCCCUUGCAUUUUUGGCCCUAUUGAGAAGCAGAGGUGGUCCUAUGCAUGUGCAAAGCAAUUGAUUGAGAGGUUGAUCUAUGCCGAGGGUGCUGAGAAUGGUAUGGAAUUCACCAUCGUGAGACCCUUCAACUGGAUUGGUCCUCGGAUGGAUUUCAUUCCCGGCAUUGAUGGUCCCAGUGAGGGUGUUCCAAGAGUUUUGGCAUGUUUCAGUAAUAACCUUUUGAGGCGUGAACCAUUGAAGCUCGUAGACGGAGGCCAGUCUCAAAGAACCUUUGUUUACAUCAAAGAUGCCAUUGAAGCUGUUGUCUUAAUGAUUGAAAAUCCUUCGAGAGCAAAUGGCCAUAUUUUCAAUGUUGGCAAUCCUAAAAACGAAGUAACUGUCAGGCAACUUGCUGAAAUGAUGACUCAGGUAUAUUCAAAAGUGAGCGGGGAAUCUGCACUGGAAACACCAACCGUAGAUAUAAGCUCAAAAGAAUUCUACGGUGAGGGGUAUGAUGACAGCGACAAGAGAAUUCCAGACAUGUCAAUCAUCAACAAACAACUCGGCUGGAAUCCAAAGACAUCACUUUGGGACUUGCUAGAAUCCACACUCACUUACCAACAUAGAACAUACGCUGAGGCCAUCAAACAGGCAACUUCAAAGCCAACCGCAAGUUGAUGGAAAAAUUCUCACUACGCGUCGCAGCUGUAAGCAUCUUCAUGUAUCGGGUUGUGUAUCAAUGUCUUUAGACUGUAGAUUUUUCAUUCUAGUUCGAAAACGUGUGUCGUGUGCGCUAGCUAGUGUUUGUUUCCUGCUGCUAGUAUGAGCUUUAACUGUGUGCCUUAUGUGCAUUCUAUUUCCGGAAAGCUACUUCUCUUUGAGGGGGGGUUUCUUGUGUACCAUUAGAACCACAUGGUACCAUUUUGGCUUGGAACUCUCCUUUGUCUUUAAUCCAACCAUUUUUCAAUUGUUCUUUCUUUUUAAUGGAAAAACAUGUGGCUCGGGAAAUUUCUUUCGCCUACAAAUCCUAGUGUUGUUCUUUCGUAGUCCUAAGGUCCACAUAUAAAAUAUAGACUUUUUCACAAA